AGAAACAGUAUCCAUCUCACGUCUCCAAUCAAGAAGAAAAUGAAAUGCUUCCAGGUUCCAUUUCUUCUGAUACUGCUUAAUUCUACAUUUGUGUUUACAUUGUCCUGGUCCUCUGAGACAAGUCAGCAUGAUUUGGAUUUUGCUAAGCAAUAUCUCCAUCAAUUUUAUGACUCCUCUGAUGGUCUGAAAACAAGUAGUGAUGAUAAUCUAAGAGAAAAUAUUAUAAAAAUGCAAAAAUUCUUUGGCAUCCUAGUAACUGGUGAGCUGAAUUCUGAAACUUUAGAAAUCAUGAAGAAACCUCGAUGUGGGUUUCAUGAUGGUCUUCAGUACAAUCACUUUCCAGGCAGAAUCAAAUGGUCACAUAAGAACUUGACUUACAGGAUCACCAACUAUAGUCCAGAUAUUAAACCGAAGCAAGUGGUUACAGCUAUCAAAGCAGCGUUCAAAGUGUGGAGUGAUGUCACACCAUUGAAAUUCACCAGUAUUUCCAACAGCGAAGCUGACCUUUUGAUAUCCUUCACACCUAGAGAACAUGGCGAUGGAUAUCCAUUUGAUGGUCCUGAUGGCAUUCUGGCACAUGCCUUUCCACCAGGUCCAAGACUUGGAGGUGAUAUUCAUUUUGAUGAAGCUGAAACUUGGUCAAUGGACUCAAAAGGAUAUAACUUGUUCUUGGUGGCUGCUCACGAAAUUGGACAUGCUCUGGGAAUGGCUCAUUCUCAAGAUGUGGGUGCUUUGAUGUUCCCCACAUAUUCAUAUUCAACCAUUCAAGAGUUCAGACUACCGUAUGAUGAUGUUGUGGGAAUACAGGCACUGUAUGGUUCAUCAAAUAAUCCUGACCAAAAGCGUCACCCAAAGACUCCAGAGAAAUGUGAUCCUACCCUGUCCUUCGAUGCAGUUAGUACACUCCGUGGAGAAAUUAUGUUCUUUAAAGACAGGUUUGUUUGGCGUGUUGUCCCACAAAUGCCAGGUGCAAUUCUAAUGCGGAUAACAUCUGUAUGGCCGAAUCUUCCCAUAAACAUUGAUGCUUCAUACGAAAACUUUUUUGAGGGAACUACACUAUUUUUCAAAGGAGAUCAAUACUGGGCUGUCAAUGGCUACAGCAUUUUACCUGGAUACCCUAAGACUAUUGAUAGUUUGGGUUUUCCCCCAACUGUGAAGAAAAUUGAUGCAGCAGUACAAAUUCGUCAGGUUGGAAAAACAUUCUUCUUUGUGGGAAACAAAUGUUGGAGUUACAACAAUGCUACAAAAGAAAUGGAUCAGGGCUAUCCAAAAUUGAUAGAAAAUGAAUGGCAUGGCAUUGGUAACCAAGUGGAUGCUGCUUUUGAACAGAAUGGUUUCAUUAAUUUCUUCAGUGGAUAUACAAUGUUUUGUUACGACUACUACAACCAAAGGGUCAAUAAUAUUGAAUAUGCAAAUUCAGCAGUUUGCAAGUAAUAAAUAUAUUUGUGCCAUUUAAUGAAAACUUCAAAAUUGUGUAGAAGAUUCAAGAAUUCAAGAAGAUUCAAGAAUAUUCGUGUCAUUGAAUUUUGCCAUUUUAACCCUGUUCAAACUUCUGGGCUUGCAUUCUACUUUGAGUUUCACCUGUAAUAACUUGAUUCAUUAGAACUGCUGAGUAAUUUCAAGGGCUACUUUCAUUUUUGUCACUCUACUUUUAUUUGCUAUUCUCCAAUGACUGCUGUAACAAUUUAAGAAAAUUAAAUAUCUUACGCAUUUAA